UUGUUUGAAACAGAGUUGAUCAUCGCCAGUAGACCUUGGGUCCUGACACCACAUCCUGCCCCGAUUCAGAGAGAGACCUCUGCUCGCCUCCGAUGGAUGGACCUCGCCGCCGGCCAUGGCCUCCCCCUCCUCCCCCCAUCAGAGGGUAAGAGGGAGGGAGAUCUACCGCCGCCGUGAACCAGCAGAUGAGCGGCGUCAAUGGCGCGCCCAGAUCCACCCCUUCCUCUCGCCGUCAUCGUCGACCUCCUCUGGUCCUAGCCUCAGAUCCACUACCACGCACUGGUAGCCGCCGCCAUGGAAGGCAGGUGCACCACCGAGGAGACCGACCCUCUCCUCAUGCUCUUCCUUCCCUAGGUGCCACUGCCACCGACACCUGCCUACUGCACCACCACAUCGCCAUUAGGCGAGUUCGUAACCUGCAGGAUAUCAUCGAGGUCACCAGAGUCCUCUUCGCGCCUGAAUCCUACAGAUAUCCAUUGGACCCUUACGAACGGUUCUGGGAGGGCUGGUCUUUCUCCUACAACACCUGCAGCUUCUCCCGAUCUUCCACUUUGCCGAGAUCAACAUCAGCAACCAGAACAGGAGGUGAAGAAAAAUAUUCAGCCCAACCAAGCAUGCACAACCCUGUCCUCUACACCACUGUCAUUGCGGAUAAAAUUUCAAUCUUUCUCUACUUGGCAAAAUGGAUUAUCUGAAAGUUUACGAUCACAUAUUUGCAUCCAAGAAUGGUCAUAGAAGCUGAAUGUCGAUAUACAGAUAUUUUGACCAUAGAAGCUCAAUCAUCACACAACAGCCAGAGGAUUAUAUUUAUGCAAGAGAGAUACGUGCAUCAUCAACUGAAAAUGCUGCAGGGUGAAAACAAAGGUCAAGUGUAUUACACAGCCCUGAGCUUUGGCAUGUUACGAUUAUAUCUGCAUCUUACUUCAUAUUUGCUGCUCCUUCGCUCUCUUACGAGCCAGUGCUCGUUCUCUAGCAGCAGCAAGUGCAUCAUUACUCCUCUUAUAGUGCUCGUCAGUGAUUGGCGCUGGUUGAGCAUUCUGGAGAGCUUGUGAAGCAGAUGUGGAAACAUCUGCCUCUUUCUCAA